CAUCCAGGUCUCUUAUCUCGCAGGUCAACCAAUGUUUGCGCCCAUCCACAUCGAUUUAUCCGCAGCUGUGUGCACACACACUAUAUAUAUAUACAUAUAUAUAUAUAUGUAUAUAUAUAUAAAAAGUUGUCGAAGGCGACAUUUGCUCGAGGGCCACAACCCUACAUGUCCUACGCGGGAGACGUGUUUCUGUCGCGCGCUCUGUAGAAUUAAAAAAAAGGGACUUCUUCCUCUCGCUCCCCCGCGUGGAGGCAGGGUCCCGCCGACUCUGUCGCUGCCUUGAGGGAAACACCGGUGGGGGCCGGGUAAACGUCGCGGUAUUUACAGAGGUGCAUUGAUUUACGCGCUGACAGGAAAAAAGAAAUCCCUGCAGAGUAUCCUGGAAACUGAGAGUCCGCAUGUGUGUCUGUCGCUUUGAGCAAACAGUGAAACCAAUGGCUUGUGCGCCGCGGAGUCACAUGGCGACAGAGUGACACACCUGCGGAGCCGCGAGGGCCGGCCAGUCGCGCCACAGGCAGGUCGAGAGCAGGAGGUCCCACGCCGAGGCAGGGCGCAGCAGCUACGGUACAUGUGCGCGCAGACGGCCCCCACAGCCUUCGGGUCUUCGGCAGCCAUGAAUCGGGAAGACCACUACUACCCCUCGCAGGUGUUCAAGGACUCCUGCGCCUACCAGAGAUCGCAGGGGGAGGACUACAGCCACAGCCCGCCGCCCUGCCUCUACAUGAGCCGGCAGGUGCACUCCGCCUACACGCCGCCGACCAUGGGAGCGCUGGAGCAGGCCGCCCUCUCUGACAUCGCACCCUGCUCUUACGGCCUGUCCACCCUGCGGGAGGAUCCAGGUGUGCCUCAGCUGCACCACCCGCCGGGGCUCCAGCAGCAGGCCCUCCAGCCCGCCGCGGGCUACGGGGACGCGGCGGAGCAGGGCCGAUAUCACCUCCCUUUCCCCUGGAUGAAAACCACCAAAUCCCACUCGCACACCUGGAAGGCACAGUGGGCAGGGCCGUACGUGAUGGCCGAGACGGAGGAGAACAAACGCACGAGGACUGCCUACACGCGCGCACAGCUGCUGGAGCUGGAGAAGGAGUUCCUGUUCAACCGCUACAUCUCGAGGCCGCGCCGCGUGGAGCUGGCGCUGACGCUGAGCCUCACCGAGCGCCACAUCAAGAUCUGGUUCCAGAACCGACGGAUGAAGUGGAAGAAGGAGGAGGACCGCAGGAAGGCGCGGGGCGGCGGCGGCGGCGGCGGCGGCGGCGACCCGGACCAGGAUUCCUCCGUCAGCUCCGGAGACCAGGGGGAGGCCGCGGACGGGGUCUCCUCCACGGACGGAGCUCACGCCGCCACGCCACCCGUUUCCCCGCUGCACGCCCACCCCCUGUCCAAAGAGACCACAUAGAGUCCAGACUAUAUACGACCCGAAGUGACAUUGCAGGGACCCUUCCCUCCAAUGGGAAGAUGGAAACCGAAAAAAGCAGAAUUUGAAAGGACUGAUAUGGAGUGGAUAUAAAAUUCGGCUUCUAACAGUGAACCGAGUGAAACAGUAUUUUAACUAUAAUUCCCCCCUUCUACUUGGAUAUUUUUGAACUCCCCCAAGGACCACCACAAGCCUUCUUAUUGGAUAUCGCAGUGUCUCAUCUGGAGUGAUGGGACAUUACUUCAUCCUUAUUCUGCAACCCCCCCCCCCCCCCUAUCUCUCUGGAAGCACUGAAGAUUCAGUUGCACAAAGUGUUGCUCGUCUCGUUUUUCCCCUCAGAAACGUGAGAAGGCCCGCACACCCUCAUGCUCAUGACUGUAAAUAUGCAUAGUAUGACUGUCGUGAAGAGGCUAAAUAUUUGCAAUAUUAGCGAUGAUCACGUGUGUAUAUACGCCUUUUGUGUAAAAUUAUAAAACUAUAACCAAUGAUCCAUAUAUUUUAUUGUUUGGAAUAAAAAAAAUCAUUAUAUGAUGGAAGAAUUGUACAUAUGACCAAAUUUGAAAUAAAACCAAAACAAA